UGAGCACUGUGCUUCAUUGUCAGAGGUGGACGGCCUGUUGGCUUUUUCCGGUUCAAGCGUCUUUUCUUCCCGUGAAUGAGAGACAGAUCACCAAAGAAGCGAGCAGAGAUCUGCAUUGGUGCUGGGCUAAAUCCUGGCUGAAUCAUCAUACCGGUGGACCAUCUUUUUAGGCUGCAUCAUCAGCAUCGGUGGCUGAAAAGCCAAUGCUGGCAAGCUGACAGUGAAAGCUAGAAGAACUUACCUCUCUUGACUCUUGCAAACCCUUUUGCACGUAUACUUCGAUAAGUUCCUCUUGUCCUCUUUGCCAAUACAGAGUAGGGGCCUCCGCUAACAGCCCAGGCUGCUGAGAUGGGAUUAAAGCUUAAGCUUCAAACUGAUCUGAGUCUUCUUCCAAAAGGGAAGAAACAACCUCCGCAGCCUCGCUAGUUUGGAUCUCACAGGUUGAAGGACAGCUCUCUUUCCUAGCAUUGCCAAAUGCGCUGAGAGAUCUGUUUGAAAAAGGCAGCCCAGGCACCUAAAAUGGCGCCGGACCCGCUGUCUGAGCCCCUGUUGGAGCCCUCUCCCGAUGCCAGCUGGCGCCAGCUGUCGAAGCAGCAAUUACAGCUGGCGCUGCCCAUCAUCGGCAUGAACGUUGUGCAACUGCUUCUGGUGCUGAUGUCAGCAGCGUUCGUGGGGCACAUUGGGGCACUUGAGCUGGCGAGCGCGCAGCUUGCCGCAUCCCUAGCAAAUGUGACGGGCCAUUACAUCCUGCAAGGCACAGCCUUGGGGCUAGAAACCUUGGGUGGCCAGGCCGUGGGCGCAGGCCAAUAUCGGGAUCUGGGUUACUUAACCCAAUUUUGUUUCUUAGUUCUAACCAUCCUAGCAAUCAUGAUCAGCCUUUCUUGGACCCUGGCCGAGCGGGCGCUUAUAGUUCUGGGCCAGGAUAAGCUGCUGGCUGCUUAUGCGGCGCGCUAUAUGCAACUGCUUAUACCGAGCUUGUUUGCGAAUGCCUGGACGCAACCGCUGGUCAAGUUCCUGCAGUCUCAGGGGGUGACGUCACCCCUGAUGUGGGCGUCAUGUGUCCCAUUGAUACUGCACAUACCCAGCAACUGGUUCUUCAUCUUCCACCUAAACUGGGGCCUCGACGGCGCCGCAAUUGCCACGGACGUUGCUUACGUCAUCAUGCUCCUCAUGCUGACGUCACUUGUGCUCUGGAAUCGGCGGGCCUACGAGCGGGCUUUGCCGCCCCUCGACUUCAGCGCGAUGUUCAAAGGCUGGGGCACGUUCCUCAAGCUCGGGUUCUUCUCGGCGACCAUGAUGUGUUUAGAGUUCGUGUCCUUCGACCUAAUAUACCUGAUGGGGGGGCUGCUUCCGGACCCGUACACCCAGGUGUCCGCCCUGUCCGUCGCGUUGAACACGGCCUGGCUGUUUGCCACCGGGUACAUUGGGCUUGGAGCCGCAACAAGUACGUGCGUUGCUACAGAGUUGGGUCGCGGCUCCGCGCGUGGCGCGCGCAAGGCCGCUCUUAUAGGGCAGUCGCUCGCGCUUGCGUUCGGCUUAUGCACGAUGACCUUCUCGCUUAUCGUCCAUAAGCAGUGGCCGCUCCUGUUUGUGAACAAGCGGGAACACGAGGUGCUGGCGCUGUCGUCAUCGCUUAUGGUCAUCGCGAGCUUCAUGGCCAUAACCGAUGCGUUCCAGAACAACUGCGGAGCUAUUCUCCGCGGGUGCGGACGUCAGAUGGUGGGCACGGUCGUCGCCCUCAUAAGCUAUUACCUCGUCGGCGUCCCGGCCUCUGUAAUCAUGGGGCUCGUCUGGAAGUGGGGCGCCUGGGGUCUAUUUGGGGGAUUUAUUCUGGCCACAGUGAGCCAGACGCUCAUCCUCUCCGUCGCCGUCGCUUGCACCGACUGGUCAAAACGGGUCGACCUUGUGGAAGAGGAGAGGACUCGAAAGCGCGCGACAGCGCCUGCCAGCACGCUUCUAGGGUAGGGCGCUCGCACAGUUUUUGUUGACAUAACCGGUGCUCAUUAAGGAGUGAAGCCCCCGCUGCUUCUUUGCAUUGUCUUUCCAGGGUUUUGAGUCUACUAAAUCAAAGUCCCAUAUGGGCCACAUUGAAGUGUUAAUCCGGAAUAGUAAUCACGGCAGAACUGAAGACGAGUCGGGGUUGUGCAGCGAGAGGCUUUGAGUUGGUAUCCCGCUUUGGAAUUGAGAAGAGUCGGGGUUGGUGGGAUACAGCUUUCGGCUAAUAGCACAAAAGCAACCUUACUGAGAUCACAGCAGUAACUAAGUGCAGGACUAAUACAUCUGAUCUAUCGACCAAUCUUAAUAGGGUUUAUCUUGGAAUCCAAAUCAGAAAAUGCGAUCCCGCAAUAUCUGGC